AGUUACUCUACGCCCCAUCUUUAAGCCCCAGUCAGUGCGCCGUUAGCCGCAGGACAACAGAGGAUAGCUCAAGAUCCUGGCCGCCGGGAAAGCAGAGCGUCCACACUCAUGCCUUGAUGAAGGGAAGACUACACAUUCAUCCGACGCUCUAAAAAUGAUAGAAACAAUGGACACGCAGCGUGCCUUGCAGGCGGUGGAGCGACUCCAGGCCAAACUCAAGGAGCGGGGAGAAGUGCCCACUGAGGAGAAGCUCAGCCUGCUCAAGUCAGUGCUCCAGAGCCCCCUCUUCCAUCAGAUCCUGGCCUUGCAGAAGUCUGUCCAGCAUCUCAGAGAUCAGGGGAGUGUCCCUUUAUUACGAGGGAGUGAUCUCACAGCAGCCAAGCCCAAUGGCAGCCAUGUUUCCUGCUCAGACACCCCAGCUCCCACGCACGUCAAUGGCAAGACGUCAUCCGAAGAAUUUGAACAUAUUAUCCACUCCAUGGCGCAGGGACGUUAUGUGACGCAUGUGGAUCUGCAGAAGCCAGUGUCCGGAGGUCUUGGCUUCAGCGUGGUGGGCCUAAAGAGUGAGAACCGCGGCGAGCUCGGCAUCUUCAUCCAGGAAAUUCAACCAGGAAGUGUUGCUCACUGCGAUGGGAAACUCAAAGAAGCCGACCAGAUAUUGGCCAUUAAUGGCCAGCCUCUGGACAAGACAGUGACCCACCAGCAGGCUAUAGGCAUCCUGCAGAGUGCUUCAGACAGGGUGCAGCUCACAGUGGCCAGAGGGCCAAUACCUCAGCUGGCCAGUCCUGCAGUGUCCCGCACGCCCUCUGCUGCCAGCACAUUAUCAGCCAACUCCAGCGCGUGGCAACAUGUGGAGACGAUUGAGCUUGUCAACGAUGGCACCGGUCUUGGCUUUGGUAUUGUUGGAGGAAAAACCACCGGGGUUAUAGUCAAAACUAUACUUCCUGGAGGCAUCGCUGAUCAGGAUAGCCGCCUGCGCAGCGGGGACCACAUCCUGAGAAUCGGAGACACCGACCUGCACGGCAUGGGCAGCGACCAGGUGGCCCAGGUCCUGAGGCAGUGCGGGAACAGGGUGAAGCUGGUUGUUACCAGAGGUCCUUUGGAAGAGACUCCCUCUGCUUCUGUCAUGCCUGUGGUGCUCCCCACUGUCAGUGAACAGCAGGGCUACGAGGAAGAGGAUGCUGAGGCAUUUGAUGUGAGCCUUACUAAGAACACCCAAGGACUCGGGAUCACUAUUGCUGGUUAUGUUGGAGAUAAGAAUUCAGAGCCCUCUGGUAUCUUUGUUAAGAGCAUAACAAAAGACAGCACUGUAGACCAAGAUGGCCGCAUUCACGUUGGAGACCAGAUUAUAGCCGUCGACGGCGUGAACAUCCAGGAAUACACCAAUCAACAGGCAGUUGAAGUGCUGAGACACACGGGCCAGACGGUCCACCUUAAGCUGAUCCGGCGGGGCUUCAGGCCCGAUGAGAUCCCCCCUGUCACAGCCCCCGUUGUCACCGUCCUCCCCCCUUCCACCACCAUCCCUACAACCACCACCGUCAUGAAGGAGCUGGAGCUGGAGAGAAAGAAAGCUGAGGAGGCUGCUGAAGAUGAAAAGCAGCUCCACACAAAGAGUGAAGGAUCUGAUGUCAGCCCAGCCACGGAUCAGCUAACAGAAGACAAACAUGAACUGACCUUAACACCUUUUGAAGAGGAGGAGCUAAUGAAGAAGUGGCAGGAAAUUCUGGGCCCAAGUAAUGAAGUUGUGGUGGCUCAGGUGGAGAAGUUUACUGAGAACAGUGGUCUGGGCAUCAGCCUAGAAGCCAACAGCGGACAUCAUUACAUCCGAUCUGUCCUUCCUGAGGGACCAGUCGGUCGCUGUGGCAAGCUGUUUAGUGGAGAUGAGCUGCUUGAGGUCAAUGGCAUUUCCUUGAUUGGUGAGAGCCACAAAGAAGUAGUGAGAAUCUUGAAGGAGCUUCCGCUCCACGUGUACGUGACAUGCUGCAGGCCGGCCCCCGACCUUCAGACUGAGGUGGAUGCUGAGCAGAGAGAAUCAGAGGCUUUGUCCACAACAUCUAAAUUGAAGAAUCAAAUAGACCUCAGCGGUGUAGUGGUUGCUGAAGACUCAGAGGUGAACACAAUAGCGGCGACACAGGGCAACGUGAGCGAGGAGGCGAUAGGAUCCCCUUUGGCUAUGUGGGAGUUGGAGAUCCAGAAUAUUGAGCUCGAAAAAGGAGAAAGGGGAUUGGGAUUCAGCAUUUUGGAUUACCAGGACCCACUGGACCCGGCCAAAACGGUGAUUGUGAUUCGCUCUCUGGUUCCCAAUGGUGUCGCAGAGAAGGAUGGCAGGCUGUUGCCAGGAGACCGACUCAUGUACGUUAACACCACCAACCUGGAGAACGCCAGCCUGGAGGAUGCCGUCCAGGCCCUUAAGGGGGCCAAGCUCGGCAAGGUCCAGAUCGGAGUCGCCAAACCACUGCCUGGAAUAUGUGGAUAUUCCCACUCUCCACACCCAUAUGGUGAGCAGGAAAUAACUUCAUCACCCACCAUCCAAUCAUUUGACUUCAACAGUAUUUUGGUUGAAGAAGGAGAGGAAGAAGGACUGACUGAGGGCAUCCUUUACCGAGCAGAGCCUGCAUUGAUUGAUACCAGUGAUGCAGACCUGCCUGAUGAAAAGAUGUUAGAUCAUUCUUACUCCGGGAUCGAGGACGACACUUUCCAAGCUUCCAUGAUCGCUCUCCAUGGUAGCACCUGUAGCACAGACCUGGAUUACCUACACUCAUCCACACCCAAGCUUGCAGCCCGACUGAACUUGCUGGAGGAGCAUCCCUGCUUUGCAGACAACAGUCAAGUCUUCUCUCCGGAGGAGUCGGCCUCUUACGCUCCUCCGAGUCUGACCAGCCACAUCCCGGCUUUUAAUGCUAUUCUGAGCAGCUCCGACCAGUACCUGGGACAGCUCCCGAGCAAAGAAGAACCAGCGGACGGCACAAAUUCAUACAGCCCGUUUGCUGAAAUUGGGAGCAGAUCCGAUGUGCUGGAGGAACCUGUGGAGAGCCUUAACUAUCAGAAGGAGCCUGCUAUCUCUUUCGGAGAGAUUGGAGACAUAAGAGUUUUGAUGAAGGACGAGGAGGCUGGUGCGAAAGAAUCGGCAGAAGACGGAGACAAAGCAACGCUGACCUCAGGGAGCAAUUUUGAAAGGACUAUCACAGUCGUCAAGGGCAACUCCAGCCUGGGGAUGACAGUGAGCGCCUUGAAAGACGGUUUGGGGAUGUUGAUCCGCAGCAUAAUCCACGGAGGAUCCAUUAGCCGGGAUGGACGUCUCGGGGUUGGCGAUCUCAUCCUGGCUAUCAACGGAGAGCCCACUGCCAACCUGACCAACGCCCAGGCCCGCGCCAUGCUCAGGAGGCACUCUCUCAUUGGGCCAGAUAUGGGAUCUGCUUGUGCACCCGAGGACGAUCUGUGCCCAUUUUAUGUCAUUACGUAUGUCCCAGCUGAGUAUCUGGAGGAGUACAAGGCCAGCCUGGAGCAGCCUAAAGACGACGUCUUCACUGACGCAGCUCCAGCACCAGUGGCAGCUCCAGCGCUGAAAGAAAUUCCUAACCUCCCCGAGCGCGAAGAUGGAGAAGGAGAAGAAAGCGCAUCUUAUAACAUCUGGAACCAACCGAGGAAAGUGGAGCUUUUCCGAGAGCCGGGCAAGUCCCUGGGGAUCAGUAUCGUCGGCGGCCGAGGGAUGGGCAGCCGGCUGAGCUCUGGAGAGGUGAUGAGGGGCAUUUUUAUCAAGCACAUCCUGGAGGACAGUCCUGCUGGACAAAACGGGACUCUGAAGACUGGGGAUCGAAUUGUGGAGGUGGACGGAGUAAACCUAAGAGAUGCUAGUCACGAAGAGGCGGUGGAGGCCAUACGGAGGGCAGGGAACCCUGUCUCCUUCCUGGUCCAGAGUAUUAUCCAGAGGCCCAGGCCUGAGUCAGUUUAUAGCCCAGCUUCAUCGCCCGCAGUAAAGAAACACACCACCGCUUUCACACACAUGCCACCUCGCACAUGUCAGAAAGUGAAAAUGAUAGUUGAGGCUUUUACUUCAUCGAUAACAGACUCGAGUGAGGAGAGAGCUGCUGCAGCCGCAACAAGGGACAACAAGGACAAGCUGACGAAGCGUGAAGCGGCAAAGGCAUCUCCCACCAGCGCUGUCCUCCCCCUGCCAGUGGUGCCUCAUGUGGGAGAGACUGAUACAGACACGCUGACAGAGAUUCCUGGCAGCCCUGCUGAGACUGCUGAGGAGAAAAAGGAGGAGGGGGAGGAGCCCGAGGACGAGUACGGAUAUAAUUGGAAGAACAUAAUCCAGCGUUAUGGCAGCCUCCCAGGUGUCCUCCACAUGAUUGAGCUGGAGAAAGGCAAAACAGGCCUGGGCCUCAGCCUGGCAGGGAACAGGGACCGCUCACGCAUGAGCGUGUUCGUGGUGGGAAUAGACCCCAGCGGGGCGGCCGGCAGGGACAGACGUAUGGUUGUUGGGGAUGAGCUGCUGGAGAUCAACGGACAAGUUCUGUACGGCCACAGUCAUCAGAACGCAUCCUCCAUCAUUAAGAGCGCUCCGUCCAAAGUCAAAAUCAUCUUUGUCCGGAACACCGAAGCGCUCGACCAGAUGGCGGUGGGACCAGUGAGGGAGCACGAGGGAGACGCAGUGGAGCCCCACGCUGAGCCAGAAGAAGCUGCUGCUAAUGGCGACGCCGAUACGUCGAACUACGUUCAUCACAUCGUAAAUCUGAAGGAGGACGGAGGACUCGGCAUCACUUUUGUUGAGGGUGACACAGAGGCUGGGGUUGAAAUUGAGAGUAUAUCUGAAGUGCAGGGACACACCGGCAAAGAGGGGUGCAUGAAACCUGGGGACAAACUCUUAGCUGUGAAUGGCGAGUCUGUGCUCGGAUACACUGUUGAAAAGGUCUCGUCACUGCUGAGAAAAGCCAAAGGUCCAGUGAAGCUAACCUUUGCUACAAAGGAGAUCCCCUCUUCUUUCUCCUGUGUCCAGUCGAUCUGCCAGGACUCAAGCUUUUCAGAUGGAGUCCUCGCUAGCGUACCCAGCAUGCCUAGCAUCUUCCCAAGUCAGCCAGAGGCAGAAGCAACCACCAGUCUUAGUCGCUCAUCCACCCCUUCCGCUCUGGCCUCUGACCCGACGACCUGCCCCAUCAUCCCCGGCUGUGAAACAACCAUCGACAUCUCCAAGGGCCGCACAGGCCUGGGCCUCAGCAUCGUGGGAGGCUGUGACACUCUGUUGGGGGCCAUCAUUAUCCAUGAAGUUUAUGAAGAAGGGGCGGCCUCCAAAGAUGGGAGGUUAUGGGCAGGAGACCAAAUCUUAGAGGUGAACGGCAUCGACCUGCGAGCGGCCAGUCACGACGAAGCCAUCAACGUGCUGCGGCAGACGCCGCAGAGGGUCCGGCUGGCGGUCUACAGGGACGAGGCCCAGUACAAGGAGGAGGACCUGUGGGACUCCUUCACCGUGGAGCUGCACAAGAAUCCUGGCCAGGGCCUGGGACUGAGCAUUGUCGGGAGGAGAUCGUGGGAUCAGAGGAACGACACAGGGGUGUUUGUGUCCGACAUCGUGAAAGGAGGUUUGGUGGACGCCGACGGUCGGCUGAUGCAGGGCGACCAGAUUCUGUCGGUCAACGGUGAGGACGUCCGGUCAGCCACUCAAGAGGCUGUGGCUGCGCUGCUGAAGUGCUGCGUGGGAUCUAUCAAAAUGGAAGUGGGGAGGUUUAAGGCGGGCCCCUUCCACUCGGAAAGAAGGCUGUCUCAAAGCAGCCAGAUGAGUGAGACAGGAAGCGCCAAGGUGGUCUCUCAGCCAUGUUCAGAUCCUGGCACCCUUCCUGGUGACCCUGACAAGCUUAGUACAAGCCAAGAAUACCCGGAGCAUCAGGAAGUCAGAACAGUGGAGUUCACUAAAGGCCCCGCUGAUUCUCUGGGCAUCAGCAUAGCGGGCGGAGUGGGCAGCCCCCUGGGCGACAUCCCCAUCUUCAUCGCCAUGAUGAAUCCCGUCGGACUGGCUGCUCAGACCCAGAAUCUCAAGAUCGGGGACCGAAUCGUCAGCAUAUGCGGAACCUCUGCUGAAGGCAUGAGCCACUCUCAGGCCGUCGCCCUGCUCAAGAACGCGACGGGAACGAUACAGCUGCAGGUGGUUGCAGGUGGCGACACCACCGUGACGGGUCCCCCUCAGGAGCAGGUCGGUGGGGCUCUCACGCCCAGCUGCAUCUUCCAGGACGACCUCGGCCCUCCUCAGUAUAAGACCAUCACUCUUGAUAGAGGACCAGACGGGCUGGGUUUCAGUAUAGUCGGAGGGUACGGCAGCCCCCACGGAGACCUGCCCAUAUAUGUGAAAACUGUUUUUGGAAAGGGCGCAGCAGCAGAGGACGGGCGCCUGAAGCGAGGAGACCAGAUCAUGGCCGUCAACGGGCAGACUCUGGAGGGGGUUUCCCACGAAGAGGCCGUCAGCAUCCUGAAGAGGACCAAAGGAACCGUCACGCUCACCGUGCUGUCAUAGACGGCCCCCACCUCCACACGCACUAUACCCACUCCUUAUUCUCUGCUCACAACAACAUUCACUUCACCUCCGCGCACCUUUUCUGCAAACUCGCAGCAGCAGCGUGCCGCGACGAGGUGCUCGUCUGUGAAAGCACCCGCACACUGAAACACAAACAGUGUGAUCAUGAAGAAGCUUACGCCACUGUGAUGUGUGAAAGCCUGUUACAAGCACGUGUUGUGCUGAAGGCUUUACUUAGUCGUAAUGUGAAUCUCAACGAGGCUGUAAAUAGUAUUAGAAACAUUCCACCACUCUGGAUUUGAAGUAUUCACUGGACACUUUGGAUUGUGUUUAGUGCUGUCAGUGUUAAUCCCAUUAAAAUGACUUUAUCGCCAUAACGCGGCAAAUCUCCGUUAGCGAGUUAACGCGGAUCCCCACGUGCAUGGGGCUGGAUGCCGUCAACACAUUAGCGCGGUUAGCUCGUUAACGCGUUAGCGCCAUCCAGCCCCACACACUGGGGGAUCCGCGCUAACUCGCUAACGGUGAUUUGCCGCAUUAAUGGCGUUAACGUCAUUUUAACGAGAUUAACGCUGGCAGCACUAAUUGUAUUCCUGUAUUAUUAUUAUUACUUUGUUAGCAGUCUGAGCUGCCCUAAUAGGGGUGACCCCAGCCUCAGUUCAGAGCACAGAAUUAAAGAAGUACCCUUGAGACAAUUAGGAGAUUAUAGCAGGAUUUAGCUAACGCCUGCAUUAGCUUAAAACAGCGUUAUUUGUCCGUUGCGUUGCACUGCUGUCAGCACACUCCUCGUAUUUUGAAUUCCUGGGAAGCAGACGCUGCUGUGGAAGCCCCGUUUCCGCCACAAAAACCCCCCAAAAAGCAAGUAUCCAUAACUUGAAAUUUCGAGUUAUUUUCUUGAAAUUUCGACUUAUUAACUCGAAUUUUUGACUUUUUUACUCGAAAUUUGGAGAAACAUAACUCCUCCAAAUUUCGAGAAAAUAAGUCGAAAUUUUGCGAAAAUAACUUGAAAUUUCGAGUUAUGGAUCCUUUUUUUUUUUUUUAGUGGCGGAAACGGGCUUCCAUACGCUGCUGAGACCGCUCUUAAUCAAAUGUAUCGUGAAGUCACUGUAGUUUAUAGUCCUGAAGCGGCGAGAAGUCGGAUAUCGGAAACGUGCAGCGUGUUGACUUUUCUUUGAAGGGAAAGAUGUGAAAGCACGGCUUGAGUGUGUGUGUGUGAGUGUAUGUGAGAGCCGUUCACUGAAAUAUAGUGCUGCUAAAGCUGAUGUGUAAGGUGUUAUGUCACAGUAUUUUUUAAGUAUUAUUGUUCACUUCCUGCAAGCGCACAGAAAAGUAAACUGACUGCUAUUUAGGUUUGUAUGAAUGAGUGGUUAAAGAGUCCUUUAUGACCUUGUUGUUUACCCGAAACAGAGUCAUCCAUUGUGUAGUUUCUGACGUCAUUGGACAGGUGUUGUGUAGCGUAGCGUGUUCUCUGUCUGUUCUCUGUCUUAUAUCCCCGUAAAUGCGUUUUCAAGAGCUGUCAAAAGUGGCAGUAUUGAAUUUAUUCACACUGAAUUAAAUAAAAGUGACCUUUGGAUUCAA